UCAGGCAGCAGUGCUGUUCUCAGCUCAAAACAGGAAACACUAAAGUUGGGGCAGAGAGUAAUCUCCCCUUAGAGAGCAUCAUAGAAAUGCAGAUAGAUAAACCCUAGAGCUCCAGCUUGGAGCUCUGAGUCCAUUCUUUCAACAUCUGCAUUUGGAGUCAUGCAGUGUGCACUUAGCCUUGAAGAAAAGGAGCUCCAGUUGAGCAGGGGGUAAAACAGACACAAACAGACCCCUGCACUGGGAAACAGAAACUUUUCCUUCCCUGGAUCUGGAGGAGGAUGAAAGUGAGAAUGAGCUAUGUUGGUCAUGAUGAGGCAGAAUUCGGUGUGUGUGUGUGUGUGUGUGUGUGUGUGUGUGUGUGUGUGUAAAGGUUCCCUUCUCCACAUAGCAGAUCAAAGACAUCAGCCUGAUCUUGAGAGGUUUGGCUCUUCUUCACCUUUUUGUCCAUAAAAAGUGACAUCAGUGUUACUUUCUGGUUUCAAUUUCUAUUCUUUGGGGUCAUGUGUUGCACAAAGACAGGAAAAGAAACCAGCUGCUCCUUUAUAUGGAGCUGGAGCACUUCAUAGGAAGGCAGAGGGAGAGGUUGCCUGGAGAGUGGCUGCAGCCCUGCUCUGAGCGCCUUGACACAGCCGGCAGUUACACAGCAGUCAUGAGUACAGCCAGUAAGGAGUCAUUGGAGAGCAGUCUGCGACAGCUAAAAUGCCAUUUCACCUGGAACCUGAUAGCAGAAGAUGAGUCCUUGGAUGAGUUUGAGGACAGGGUGUUUAACAAGGAUGAGUUUCAGAACAGUGAGUUUAAAGCCACCAUGUGCAACAUACUGGCCUAUGUAAAGCACUGCAGAGGUCUAAAUGAGGCGGCACUGCAGUGCUUAGGGGAAGCCGAGGACUUCAUCCAGCAACAGCAUCCCGACCGAGUAGAAAUCAGAAGUCUGGUCACCUGGGGAAACUACGCUUGGGUCUACUAUCACAUGGGCCAGUUCUCAAAAGCUCAGGCUUAUCUGGAUAAAGUGAAACAGGUCUGCAAGAAGUUUUCCAGUCCCUACCGGAUUGAGAAUCCCGCUCUGGACUGUGAGGAGGGGUGGGCCCGAUUAAAAUGUACCAAGAACCAAAACGAGAGAGUGAAGGUGUGUUUCCAGAAGGCUCUGGAAAAGGACCCGAAGAACCCAGAAUUCACCUCUGGAUGGGCCAUUGCGAACUACCGCCUGGAUGACUGGCCAGCAAAGAAUGACUACAUUGACUCUCUGAAGCAAGCCAUUAAUCUGUCUCCUGAAAACACUUAUGUUAAAGUCCUCUUGGCGCUGAAGCUUGACGAGGUGCAUAAAACCCAAGCAAAGGCGCUGGUUGAAGAAGCCUUAAAGAAAAACCCAAGUGCAAUGGAUACACUGCUCAGUGCAGCCAGGUUUUAUUACAAGGUAUAUGACGUAGACAGAGCUAUACAGUUGCUUAGAAAGGCUUUGGAAUCCCUGCCAAACAACGCUUAUGUGCAUUACCAUAUUGGGUGCUGUUAUAGGUCAAAAGUCCAUCAAAUGUUGAACAGAAGGGAAAUGGCAUUUAAUGGGGAUAGGAAGAAGUUACAGGAACUAAUACAACUAGCACUGAAUCACUUACAGAAAGCAGAGGAAAUGAAGGAGAUGCUCGAACACUCCUGUAGUUUCCUUGCUGAUCUUUAUACCAUAGCAAAGCAGUAUGAAGAAGCCGAUCACUACUUCCAGAAAGAAUUGAGCAAGGACCUCCCUCCUGGCCCUAAACAGUUACUCCACCUUCGGUAUGGCAACUUUCAGUUUUUUCAAAUGAAGCGUGAAGACAAGGCUAUCUACCAUUUUAUGGAGGGUGUGAAAAUAAAGAGGAAAACAAAGCCAAAAGAAAAGAUGAGAGAGAAACUUCGAAGAAUUGCCCUAAGGCGGCUUCAUGAAGAUGAAUCUGAUUCUGAGGCCUUGCACAUCUUGGCAUUUCUUCAGGAGGAUGAAAAUGGUCAGCAAGCUGAUAAAGACUCUGAGAGGGCCGGGCGUGGUGGCGCAUGCCUUUAAUCCCAGCACUCGGGAGGCAGAGGCAGGCAGAUUUCUGAGUUC